AUGGAAGAUAGCGCUGCCCUCGCGCUCGCCCAGAGCCUUUCCGUGCUCAUAGGCGAAUUCUCCCCCUCCCCGGGCUCUCAGACGCACCAUAAUUCGCGCAUGAACACUUUCCUGCGGCUAUUUGGCCGAUAUACGCGUCAACAGGCAUGGAAACGCGUCCAGACGCCGCGGAGGUACACAAUCGCACAUGCGCUCGCCCCGCACGACAUCCAUCGCCAUACAACGCCGUGCACGCCAAAUCCCCACCGCGGGCAAUCUUCCGCGGUUUCUGAUGUUGCCUACGUGAGAUCACUGCUCGAGGUUCAGUUCUACUCGUGUUGGAGGUGCCUCCGUUCGCAUCGAGUAGGGCACGCUUCGUCAAGCGCGACGACCGUAUCUAGUACUAUUUUCCGCGCCUUGACCGACGCCGCCGUCCUUUCCCUUUUUAUCCCCUCCGAUCUCGGCGCUUUGCUGACGAUUUUGUCUAGAUUCCACGGCCCCGUCGACGUGCUUUUCGAUGCGUUAGUGAUCAGCAAGACCAGCGAUGCGCGGGGGAAGUAUGAUAGGUCUAUGAGUCAGCGUAGACGGCGAGCUUCGAUGUCGCUUGGAAGGACCGCGAGGUCACUAGCAACGGCGACCCGCAACCCCUUCAACACGACGCGCGGCUUUUCUAGGGCGCGCAGCUCAUGCUUGGACAUCACCCCCACCGUCUUCGACGACCGCCUGAAUGUCUCCCCCCUCAACGUCGUCGAGGAUGGCGGCGUUGAGGGCUUCGUCUACAUCACUACCCCCUUCGACGACGCCUCCAGCGCGCCCUCAAGCUCACCUUCCACUUCCACCCCUCCACCCCACUCGCAUUCGUGCCCCUCACUCCGUGCUGUCUCGGGCGCGGGACAAAGGCCCCCGACGUUGGGCAUCUCCACCGGCGCUGUCGACGCGCUCGCUCGAUACCGGCGAUAUAUCCUGGUCUUCGACACUGGCGAAGGACCUUCACCGACGCCGGCGAAGCGUCUUCAGCCUCAACGACGCGCUCUCAUUAUCAACAGCGGCCUAGUCGAUAGCCGCUCGGAGGAGAGCGCGCCGCCUCAAGAUCGUAUCGUGGGGAGCCCUGUCAAUGGACAAUGGCGAAGGCGGCGAGCGAUGGAGAAGGGCGAGCGUGAAGGUGUGCUUGCUGUGCUCGUACGCCGGGGGCUGCCAGGUUCAGGAUCGCGCGUUCGCUACGCGUUGACGCGGAAACUGGACAGCAGACGACGGUGGGAUAGAGGACGACGUCGGGUGUGAAAACUGUACUCUCCUGCUGUGCUGCACGAUGCCAUUGCGCUCUUCUCUCUGAUGUGGUCCUACCACGCGCGACGCCCUCGCGCUCCCCUGCACGAUGUGUCUGCGAGUUGGUGGUAGCCUUGUCGUUUACUUCACGCCGUAGUGUAAUCUGUUACUGCUUAUACGACUGCCUAAUGCCCUUGAAGACGC